UUGAUAGAUGGACAAUUCAGCGAGUGGGCAAAUUCAGCAAGAAGCAAAUUCCUCAAUUAAAAAUGAAUAUGAAAAUACUGAAAUUCAAGAGGAAUCAAGAACUUCAAAUGGAAAUGAAAAUCAAAAUGAACGGUUGGUAAAUAAUAUUGACACCGAAACAUUGUUUCCAACAUGUCUUAUCUACAAGGUUCCAUAUCAUCUUCGCAAAUGGAAUAAAGAAGCCUACACUCCUCAAGUUAUUUCAAUUGGUCCCUAUCACCACGACAAAGAAAAAUUUCAAACCAUGGAAAAGCAUAAAGAAAGCUACUUCAGGCGUUUCAUGGAACGGGCUGAGAUAAACUUGGAGGUUUUAGUAAGCACUUUAAGGAAGAUGGAAAAUAGGAUUCGAUGUUGCUAUGUAGAGACUGUUCCGUUUGAUAGUGAUGAUUUUGUGAGUAUGGUCAGGUUGGAUGCAAGCUUCAUUCUUGAGCUAUUCUUGACAUCUUAUGACGACAGUUGGAAAAGUAAUGAUCCUAUGUUGGUGGAAGACUGGCUAUUAAGUAUUGUGGAGGAGGAGUUGGUAUUACUUGAAAAUCAAGUUCCAUUCUUCGUUAUUGACGAACUAUACAACCUAGCAUUACCCUCAAAAUCAGACUCCGUUUCUUUAACUGAGCUUACUUUUAAGUUCUUUAAGGACUUCAACAUUCAUGAAAAAGCCCCAAAUGUGACAAUACACCACUUCACUGAUCUGCUUAGAUCCUUUCAACUGCCCAACGACAACGAGCUACCAGACAGAGUCCCUGAAAUGAUUUUUCCCAAGUACUCUGCAACCCAGCUGCGUGAGGCAGGAGUAGAAUUCAAGGUGGCUUUAAAUAAAUGCAUACCGGACCUAAAUUUCAAAAAAGGAGUGUUGGAAAUUCCACAAUUAAAUUUCUUUGAUGAUACAGAACGUCAAGUUCGAAACAUUAUGGCAUUAGAGCAAUGUGAUAAAAGAAAACCACCCUUAUAUUACACUGAUUUCUAUUUAUUAUUGGACCGUCUUAUCAAUACAACCAAAGAUGUGGAUUUACUUUGUGAGAAGGAAAUCGUGGUUAAUUCUCUCGGCGACAACAAUGUAGUGACAUCUAUUAUUAACAAUCUUAAUAGAGGAAUCAUCAGAAGUGAUAUGAAUAAGGAUUACUGUCUUCUCAGUAAAGAUUUGAAUGCAUUCUAUGCGAAACCCUGGCACAGAUGGAAGGCCUUGUUAAAACAUCAAUAUUUUAGCAGUCCUUGGAAAUCGGCUUCUACCAUCGCUGCUAUCAUUCUUCUUGUGCUCACUUUAAUACAAACAAUAUUCUCUAUUAUCAAGUAGUAUAAAUUCAACGUCUAUCUAUGUACUUUGGAUGGUUGUUUGAUUGUUGAUGUAGUGACAUAAUGGAUAUGUAAUUUCCAAGUAAGCAUUCGAAAAGAAGUCAUUGAAGAUUAAAAGCUGCUUGGAAAUGUGAUCUUGCUUAAGUAGUCUUUAGCUUGAAAAUAAGCUUUGUAGUUUCUUAUUAUGUGUGUCUUGUUUAUCUUUUGAGUUGUGUUUUCAAAUGUUGGAAGUUAUGGUCGUUAUGUUGUUU